CCUCGGCAAAGACAAACCAGAAAUCAUGGCUACUUCGUCCCCUAUCUCAGCUGUCUUCUUCAUCUUCCUCCUCCACCUCACUACCACCGUCUCUUCCAUCGGCGUCAACUAUGGCACCGUCGGAGACAACCUUCCGUCACCUGAAGCGGUGGCGAAUUUCCUCAAGACCAAGACCACCAUCGACAGUGUUAAGAUCUUCGAUAUGAGCCCUCAAAUCCUGCAAGCCUUCGCCGGAAGUGGCAUCUCCGUCACCGUCACAGCACCUAACGGAGACAUUGCGUCGCUAACCAACCUAGAUUCGGCUCGCCAGUGGGUCGUUUCACACAUUAAGCCCUUCCACCCUCGAACUCAAAUCAAGUACAUCCUCGUUGGCAGCGAAGUACUCCAUUGGACCGAUUGGAACACCAUCAAGCUUCUCGUCCCCGCCAUGAGAACCCUCCACAGAGCUCUGAACGUCGAGGGAAUCAGGGACAUCAAGGUCACAACGGCACAUUCUUUAGCCAUAAUGCACUCAUCUAUUCCACCAAGCGCCGGCCGGUUCAGAUAUGGAUUUGCACGAUAUGUGUUCGGGCCAAUGUUGAAAUUCUUGAGGGAAACUAAAGCUCCAUUUAUGGUGAACCCGUACCCAUACUUCGGAUACAACCCGAAAAACUCAAAUUUUGCUUUGUUCAGGCCAAACCGUGGCUUGUUCGACCGGACAACUGGGCUAACCUACACGAACCAGUUUGACGCGCUCAUGGACGCGGUUUACUCCGCCAUGAAGGCCAUUGGGUUCGCCGAUGUCGAGAUCGCUGUCGGUGAGACGGGUUGGCCGACGAACUGUGAUGGAUGGGAAGCUUGUAGUGUGGCCAAUGCGGCGUCGUAUAACAGCCAGCUGGUGAGGCACGUGGAGUCCGGCAAGGGGACGCCGUUGAUGCCGAACCGCCGGUUCGACACUUACAUCUUCGCCUUGUUUAAUGAGAACCAAAAACCCGGUCCGACCGCCGAAAGGAACUGGGGGCUGUUCCAACCCGAUUUUACCCCGGUCUAUGACUCCGGGAUCUUGCGCGACGGACAGUCUGUACCAGUGGCUCAAAAUCCAGGCCAAAGCCCAAGCCCAAAAGGCCCAAGUGGAGGAGGGCAGAAAUGGUGCGUGCCGAAGCCUGAAGCAAGCAAUCAGGCCCUACAAGCCAACAUAGACUAUGUGUGCAGCCAGGGAGUGGACUGUAAGCCCAUUCAGCCCGGUGGAGUAUGCUAUGACCCAAACAACGUGAGGCAGCAGGCCACCUACGCCAUGAACGCCUAUUAUCAGGCCAAGGGUCGCCAUGAUUUCGACUGCUACUUCUCUAACUCUGGUCUCAUUGCUUCCUCUAAUCCCAGUCAUGGACAAUGUAGAAUGUAAGAGUGUGAAUUUCAAAAGAAGAGACCAAGGAGGCAAGGACUUUCAAUUCCCAGAUAUUCGACAGAGCACAAGGAGGGACUAUAUUAUAUUAUUAUUAGUUGACUUAUCACCAUGAUGUAUUCAUUUAUUACUAUCAUUAUUACUAUUAUUGGGUUAUGUAAAUGUUUCCUUAACGAAUGUUAACCUAGACGUCAUCACGUGUCAUUAAGACUGCGCUAUGUUUGUGAAAUAUUAGGGACGUUAUCCUGUUUCUGGUUAA